CGUUAUAUUCAUGAAAAUGCCAAUCCAGUUUUUGCAGUCAAAAGACAGGACACAAAAUUUGAACCCUAUAUGAGGGUGAGAGUAACACAUUGCAGUAUUUUCUUGAUUUCUCCGCAACCCCCUUUUCACAGAGUCCUCUUCAGCUUCAUCACUCAUACUUCUCUUCAUUUUCCUCUCAGAUGAAGUAAAAAUGACUCUGCUUCUGCACUCUUGAUUUUGUGAUGUUUAGGUCAGCUUGCGCGUAUAUCGACUAAUUCCACUGAGUACCUGCUACCUCCUACCAACACCUGUAUCAGUUUUGCAGUUGAAGAACAGUCAAUAUAAAUGUGAGAUAUGACUCAAGAUCAAAUUGAUGUUCGUCAACAUGGUGUAGCAGUUGAUCAGAAGAAGCAAAAAAUCAAGUGCAACUAUUGUCAUAAAGUUGUUUCUGGGUUUACCCGGCUUAAAUACCACUUAGGAGGCGUUCGAGGAGAUGUCACUCCUUGCUUGGAGGCUCCUACACUUGUCAAAGAAGCAAUGAAAGCCGAGCUGCAUGAGAAGAAAAACGGCAAUUUGAUCAAGGAGGUUGAGCAGCUUUACCACCCAAAUCUUCCGUUGAAGCGGAACUGGUGCCCCCGAGAAGGUGAUGGUGAACCAAAUAAGACAGAUCUCACUCAGUGUUCUGAAAAUGGAAGUAAAAAGCAUAAUAGAGUGAAUUCAAAAGUAGCUGGUAGUUCUGUUGUAGAUUCAUCCUCACGAGAGAUUUCGAGAUCUAUAGGGAGAUUUUUUUAUGAAGAAGGAAUUGACUUUGACGCUAUUAGAUCACCUAGCUUCCGGAAGAUGGUAAAAGCCACCCUUAGUCCUGGGAAGACAAUAAUAUUCCCAAGUUGUCACGAGUUGAAAGGGCGGAUCCUUCAGGACGCAGUGGAAGAGAUGCAACAAUAUGCAACGAAGAUAAGAAAUUCAUGGGCAAGUACAGGAUGUAGCAUCUUGCUAGACGGAUGGGUAGAUUCAAAGGGUCGAAAUCUGAUUAAUAUCCUAGUUUACUGCCCAAGAGGCACCAUUUACCUUCGGUCAUCAGAUAUCUCAUCUAUCAAUAACAAUGUUGAUGCCAUGCAAGUGUUCUUCGAGGAAGUUAUUGAGGAAGUUGGAGUUGAAAAUGUGGUCCAAAUAGUUGCAUACUCGACAGCUGCUGCCUGCAUGAUGGAAGCAGGCAAGAAACUAAUGGAAAAACUUAAGACAGUUUUUUGGACAGUAGAUGCUUCUCAUUGCAUGGAACUUAUGUUACAGAAAUUCACAGCGAUAGACACGAUACAACAAGUUCUGGAGAAGGCAAAAUCUCUGACACAAUUUAUUUACAGCAAUGCUACACUCCUAAAGCUUCUGAGAGAUGCUUGUCCUGAUGAGCUAGUAAGCCCUUCAAAGAUAAGGUCGAUUGUGCCCUUCAUGACUCUUGAGAACAUUGUAUCACAGAAAGAACACUUGAUUAGGAUGUUUCAGUCUUCUGAUUCGAAUUUGGCUUCCACAAGUGAGGGUAAAAGAAUGUCAGAAAUGGUCAAAGAUGAAUCCUUUUGGACUGAGGCUUUGAUGGCUGUGAAGGCAACCAUUCCCCUUGUGGAAAUUAUAAAAUUGCUAAAUAGUACUAAUAAGCCACUAGUUGGUUUUAUAUAUGACACAAUAGAUCAAGCUAAAGAGACAAUCAAAAAGGAAUUCAAAGAGAAGAAAUCCCAUUAUGCAAGAUUUUGGAAAGCCAUAGAUGACGUGUGGGAUGAAUACCUCCACAGUCAUCUCCAUGCUUCGGGUUACUUUUUGAACCCAAGCCUCUUUUAUUCAAGUGACUUCUACACUGAUGUGGAAGUUUCCUGUGGCCUUUGUUACUGUGUUGUUCGCAUGACAGAAGAUCGUCAUAUACAGGAUAAGAUCACGCUGCAAAUUGAUGAGUAUCGCAUGGGGAGGGGCACAUUUCAUUUUGGUAGCUUCAAAGAGAAGUUAUCAAAUAUUUCCCCAGCAAUUUGGUGGUCACAAUAUGGUGGUCAUUGUCCCGAACUGCAAAGGCUUGCUGUUCGAAUCCUUAGUCAGACGUGCAAUGGUGCUUCACAUUAUAGGCUAAAAAGGAGCUUGGUUGAGAAAUUAUUUACACAAGGGAGGAAUCUGAUAGAGCAGCAGAGGAUGCGUGAUUUGGUAUUUGUCCAUUGUAAUUUGCAAUUACAAGCUUUUGAUCCAGAAGGAAGGAAUGACAUUACAGAUGAUGUCAUUGAUCCCAUGGAUGAGUGGAUAGUUGGGAAAGGGCCUAAUUUGAUGUCUGAAAACACUGAACUGACAUGGAAGAAUUUAGACUUGGGAAGCAGAAAAGGUAAUGGAAAUUUUUGUGUGGAAGAACCUAUUAUUCAUGUAAAGGAGGAAGAGGCAGAUAAUUGUAUAUAGAGUAGUAAAUGUAAAGUGAAGUGACAAUGAAUCUUUCUUAUGCUGAAUUAUGUUUACCUUUAUUAAUACAAUGAUAUUUUGUUCUA